AUGUAUCUCCGCUCCUUACCCCGUGCAGCGAAAGCUGCCAGCGUCUGCAGCUCGAAACAAGCCACGACGUGCGUCCGAAGCUAUCAGACGACCGCUGCUCGCCUUGCGCCAUCCUUCUCCGCCGCUCACCAUGGUCCCAUGACCAGCCAGUCCCAGUCGCGCGGUGCUCACGCCAUUUCCAACCCUACAUUGGCCGGAAUUGAGAAGAGAUGGGAGGGAAUGCCACCACAAGAGCAGGCUGAGCUUUGGAUGCAGCUGCGAGAUCGCAUGAAGGUUCCGUGGCACGAGUUGACAUUACAGGAAAAGAAAGCUGCCUGGUGGAUUGCGUUUGGUCCUCACGGUCCUCGAGCUGAGACACCUCCCGGAGAGUGGUCAAAGGUUUUGAUUUAUUCCGCCAUUGGUGUCGCCAUCUCAUCCGCCCUCUUCUUCACUAUCCAUUCCUUCGCACGGCCGCCUCCUAGGACUAUGACCAAGGAGUGGCAGGAGGCUACCAACGAGUACCUCAGAGCCGAGAAAUCCAACCCCAUUUACGGUAUCAGCAGCGAGGGCUACAAGGGCAAGGGUCACGUUCAGAGCAAGUCUGCGAAGUCACAGGGAAUCGUAUUGGAGCCAGAAGAGUAG